AUGAAAAAUUUAUGCGUAGGUAUUCAACCGCGAGAAGAUGAUAAUGAAUUUAGAAAGAUUGAAAAAGUUCUCGCGCCAUUUAUGCAAACGUUUAAAAAACGUAAACGAGCCAAAACGGACAUAAUACCGGAUGAGCAUAAAGAUUUAUAUUUGAAAAGAAAUCCGAAAGAAUUAAUUGAACAUUUAAACGAUUUAUAUACGGAAAAAAGUUUAGUCGGAUCACUUUUAAACGAAACCGGAGAACUAUUAAAAUCAGUUACAAAUUCAAAAUGUUUUAAUCUUUACACGACAGAUUAUGAAAGAGGAGAAAUUACUGUAGUUAGCGAAUCUAAUCUUAGUAAUCCUCGUUUCCAGUACAAAUUGCCUAUAGAAACGGGUACUUAUUUGGCAUGUUACGUUGCAAGUAAAAAAGAAUAUGUUAUGGCCACGGAUAUUUUGGGAGACGUGAGAUUUCCCUUGGGAAUUCCAAAUGCCGGAUUUACAGUUAAAGCAGCCAUUUGUCUUCCAAUUAUAUUAAAUACUGAUAAUGAAUGCAUCGGAAUAAUAGAAUUAUUUAGAGAUCAUUCAAAACCACCCUACACGUUGGUUAAUUUAGAAAUUUGUAAUGCGUUAACGGCAUGGCUUGGAAUAGCAUUGGAACAAAAUAACACAAAUAUACUUUUAUAUAAAGAAUUAGGUAUACAAAAAAGUAUAUCAGAAUUGGCGAGUAUGUAUUUUUCAAACGUUUUGCCAUUUGAUAAAGUUAUAUCUGAUUUAUUGGAUAUAUUAAAAAUAUCAGUUGAAGCUGAAAAAGGAGGUUUUUUUAUUUUUUACGGUACAAUAACUCAAGGUUAUGAAGAAAUUAUAUAUGCUGAUUCUUACGACGAAGGUUUCAUAGAUUCGGAAAAUACUUUUUUAUUAAAAAAAAAAACUAAAAUGAAAUUUGCGCCCAAUGCUCCCGGUAUUCCAGGUUAUGCAGCUCGUACUGGAGAUGUUAUUAAUAUUCGGGAUGCAUAUAAAGAUUCCAGAUUUAAUAGAGGUACGGAUUCUCCUCUUUAUCGUACGAAAUCUGUUUUAUGCGUACCAGUAAAAAGUCCCAGGGGUGUAAUAGCCGUUAUAAAAUUAAUAAAUAAGCAAAAUUAUCCAUACUUUAGAAAAGAAGAUAUUGAUUUAUUACAAAAAGUAUUACCAUCUGUUGCACUUAUUUGUCAAUAUUACGAUUUGGACACAUCGUAUACGAGAGAACAAUUGAAACGUUUAGAAAUAGAAAAAUUAUUAGAUAUACAAUCGAAAACAUCAAUUGACGAUGUUUUAACUGUGAAAGCUUAUAUAUUAUCAGAAUUACAAUUGCCCAUUGGAUUCAACAGGUUCGAUUGGGAUACAAGCGGAUACGAAGAAGAUGCACAUAAAUAUAUUGUAUUGGCUUUAUGGUCGUCGGAAAUAUUUGAAAGCGUUUUCGAUAUUCAAAAUUUAAUCGAUUUUAUGAUAAGAGUUAAAAAGGGAUACCAUCAAAUUGCUUUUCAUAAUUUCGAACACGUUUUUAACGUUUUUCAUUGUGCAUUUGUUGCCCUUCAUAAAAACAAAGAUGUUUUUAAUAUAAUAGAAAUGGUUGCCAUUAUUUUGACAUCCGUAUGUCACGACAUUGAUCAUUCAGGUUUAACGAAUAAUUUUUUAUAUUUAACAAACGAUCUUCUUACUCAAUUAUACGAUGAUUGUCCCGGUGAAAUGCACAGAUACGAAUUUACAUUAUUUUUACUACAAGCAUCGAACGUGCUCGUGAAAUUCAGUUCGGAAAAUUAUCAAUUAAUAACAACGUUAUUGAAAAAACAAUUUGCCGGAUUUGAUAUGGCAAUUUUUUUAAACAACAGAAAAAAAUUAAUCGAAUUAUAUAAUUCGGAUUUAUUCGAUUGGGAAAAUGUCGAACAUAGAUAUCUAAUACAAAAUAUGUUAUUGAUAUGUGCCGACAGUUGUCCUUGUUUUAAAAAUUUUGAAAUUGCUAAAAAACAUUCUACUAAUUAUUACAAAGAAUUACAUCAUCAGGGCGAUUUAGAAAAAGUUUUAGAAUUCGAUCCUCUACCUUUAUUGGAUAGAAGUAAAAGCGAGGCGAUUCCCGAACAUCAAAUUGUACAUAUGACGGUUAUUGUUAUACCUACUGUCGAGCUAAUAGUACGAACUCUACCUAAUUUGGAAAUUUUAAAUAUUUCCGUCAAUGAAACUUUAGAAAAAUGGGAAGAAAUAGUUACGAUGAGAGGUCAAGAAAUGUGGAAAAUGAAUGUGGCUUUGGUUAAAGAGAAAAAAGAUAAAAAAGGACAUAAAUUAUCAACAAGUUUUUCAUAA